AUGGUCACGAUAAUCAACAACAAGAUAAAGCCUCCGGGAGGAGAACCAAUCUGGUCGUGGUACUCAAGGGCAGAGCAACUAGACUACUUGAAAGGAUUUCUCAAACCACUUGCAUUCGAGAAAGGAGAAACAGCAAAGGCCAAGGAUCCUGAGGAUAUAAUUGUUCUAUCGGAUACUGAGGAUGAAACUAACCCAGAAAAUGUCACUGUAGAAAAACCUUUGCCUCUAGUCUCUGUAAAACAAGAACCAAUAGAUGAUGAACCUGAUAAACUAUCUGUUUCUGAUAAAAAUCCACCUGUGCCUGAUAAUGUCGACCCAGAGUCUGUCGUAGUAUAUGGUCCCCAUCAACUUGAACCUCCUGCCUCGCUAUUCUCCAAACUCAAUCUGUUUAACAUCAUGGAUGAACACCGAAGAUCAACUUCUCUCACAAAUAGAUUGUCUAUUCCCUUGAACAUCCCUCAGAAUACAAAACCCUCACAAGAUCAAAUUCUAUCUCUACCAUCAUCACAAACCACACACACAGAUAACCCUGAACAUCAAAAUUCUAAAAUUCCUCUUCCCAUCCAGUCAGAAAACUCACAUACUGACGAAAUUAGGUCUGAACCUCUAUCUGAACCAACUCCAGAAAUAACACCUACCAACCCCAUUGAUGAUUCUCCGUUAGACUUUGAGUUUGAAACAGGAAAUCCUCCAGAAAUACAAGUUGUAGAACCGACUGAUGAAGAAGACAAUCUGCCUUUGUCACAAGUGAAGAAGAACCAAGAAAAGGCUAAAGGAAAGAAGAAGAUCCAAGAAGACCAAGCUGACAAAAAUCCUAUGGCAAAAAUUCAAGUUUUUCCUGCCCCUGUCACAAGGCGAAAAACCAGAUCAUCCACAGCUCAACCGGAAAAGGAAACCCCCUCACCGGCUGGAAAAACAAAGAGAAAAUUGCCAAUUGCUGAACAACCUGUCUCCCUGAAAACCACCACAAGUAAGAAGAGAAAGAAGAACACCACUCAAAAUCAACAACCUGAAAGCCAGCCGGAUGUCUCUACUGUAACACCCCUUGAAAUAAUCACCCCUCAAUUCAUAUCUGAUGAGUAUGCAGCAAGAUGGGACUCCACAAACAAAAGGAAAAUCUUGAGCGAAAGGUAUCUUGAUGUUGAAAAGUUCAAAUCUGAGUGUCAACUCAUGCCAGUAUUUGAAAAGCUGAAUCUUGUCAAGUCUGUCACAACCCAAAGGAGCUACCCACCUAUAGCCAUAAAGGAAUUCUAUGCCAAUCUAAUGAAGAGCAUCAAGGAGGCUGGAUCACUGCAGUAUGGACGAGUUUGGCUAAGAGGAAAUGAGUACAGUUUUGAUACUCGCACCAUCAACAUGUAUCUGGAUAUAGAUGCAAGUGAUAUUGAGGACCCGGUCAUUGGAGCAAACACCAUCACAAAGGUCAUUACAGGGGGAACAUAUAACUAUUGGCCUGCAAAAACCAACAUGCUACCUGCAAAAUCCUUAACAACAAAGUAUGCAAUCCUACACAAAAUAGCCAUGACAAAUUGGAUGCCGAAUGAACACAAAGCAGGAUUAAACUUACUCAUGGCCACCUUGAUCUACAAAAUCAGAAGAGGUAUUCCUGUUGACUUAGACGAUAUAAUCUUCAAACAUGUGGCCUCUUUCAAGAAACCAGAGUCAAAGGAAAGCAAAGUGAAAUUACUUUUCCCUUGCACAAUCUAUGGUGUACUGCUUUCGCAAGGAUUCAAACCUGAGCCAAAUGAGCCUAUGGAAGCCCCACGAGUCAGAACAAUUGAUGCCAGACUCAAAUUAGGAACUCAUGUGCUUGACAUUUUCCCAGAACAUAUACUUGUUGAAAAGAGAACAAUUGAGAUGCAGUUAAGUGAACAAUUGAGAUUAAGAGACCAAGAGAUGACUGCUACUGGCACUGAAACACCCACUGAUCCAACCACUGCACCUGAAGCUGAUUCCACUGCAAACAGCCAGCAGGAUGAGUCCUCAGAAUCUGAUUGA